AUGGCGGCGCUCUCCACCGUCUCCGUGCGCCCCUCCACCCUGAUGGACACAACAAACGCCGACGCCGCCGACCCCGCGAGCUCCACCUCCGCGGGCGCCGGCUAUCCCGAACGGGUCCUGCUCAACAAGACGGCGCGUAUCUCGGCCGACCGGAACGCGACCACCGCAGCGUGCCGCACGCGGGAUGGCCAGGCCAUCGCGGUGUCCUUCUGGCUCGCCGACCCGCCGGACGUCUCCCACUUCUCCGUCCACUGUCCCGGCAUCGAAGAGGGCGACUUCUCCAAGCCGCCGCCCUCCAUCAUCUCCGCGGAGGGAGCGUUUGUGCUCUUCCGCGUCACCCUCGAGGAGUCCGACCACCACUUGGUCUACUCCGCCUGCGGCAACCCCACCACCGGGAAGAAGAAGAAGAAGAACAAGCCGUCGUUCCACCUCCUUCCGGACCCGAAGCCCGCGGUCGAGGCGUUUGAAAGCCAGCAGUUCGGUCUCCUGCCCCUCGGCGACGAGCACUACGCCGUGGCCUUCCUCGAUCACCGAUGGGACUCCCGUGGCAACGCCUGGGCGUACCGCGCAUACGUCUUCUCGUCCAAAACCAAGGCUUGGAAGAAAAGCAGAGAUGCCUCGCUGCACUUGUCGGAGUCUGAUCGGCUACUAUUCGACAGACACGCCAGCUCCAAGCAGAUCGCGGUGGGAGCAAGCUCGCUGGGCUGGGUUGAUCUCAUGCGUGGGAUUAUUCUUCUUUCCAAUCUAUUCGACGGCGAGCCCCCCGUCAUCACAUACAUCCCGUUACCUGCAGAAAAGGUUUGCAUUACAGAUAAGCACGGCUACCCCCACUAUGCCCCGGAGUACUUCUGCGACGUCGUCUGCUGCCAUGAUCUCAUCAGCUUUGUCGAGAUUGACUUCGAAGAUCCUGGCUGCAGGGCCAACGGCAAAGCUUGGAAGGCCACCACAUGGCACCGGAAAGUCUCUUGGGAUGAUUGGCACAAGCAUGCCACAGUUGACGUUGCUCACAUCUCGGUUGACCCAAGAUACUCUGCUAUGUUAUUCCCUGACUUGUUGUUGGAUGACCAGAAACAAGAGCUGGAACUGAAGAAUCUGUUUUUCCUUAACCCCAUCCUCGGUGUGAGCGGCGACGAUGAUCUUCUUUACAUGCUGGCCAAGGUGGACGAGGGAGAUGACGCGGCAUGGGUAGCUGCCGUUGACAUGAAACAUGCGGCUCUGCAGUCACUUGCCACGGUAUCUACCAAGGAUUCAAAUGCCAUUCCGAUGUACCGUGAAUGCGCCUUCCCCAGUUACUACAUCAACAACAUCUCAUCAUCAGACGUGGGAAAUCUAGUUGAGAAGGAUAAAUCCGAUAAAUGGCAGCAAAGGGGACCCAAUUUGGUUGACUCGGGAGGGAAUCCACAGAAGAAGAAGAGGCAGAAGAAGAAGCAUGCACGGCUUGUGGAUCGCCCGGUGGAACAUCCCUUUUUUCUCUAUUUCAUUGGCUGCGUAAUUAUUGCAAUCAUUGUGAAAGUGUUCUUCCACCUGUCUUGAAUGUAAUAGAUUCAGGAUCCUACUCUCUUAUCUGCAAAAGUAGUGGCUAACAAAUGCAUAUUCUAACAGCUGCUCU